AUGGCAGAAAUAGCUCAAAUCGAGGAAGUAUUGAAGAAAGAAUUGGCGCCUGUUCACGCUAAGCUUGCUGCGGUAGAAGGAAACCUUAAACAAAUGACCACGUCCUUAGAAUUCUUAUCGACAAAAUACGAUCAACUGCUAGAACAUUCCAAGACCACUAACGAGAAAAUAACAGGGCUUACAAAAACAACUAGAACCAUUCAAGCAGACAUUAAAAUCAACAGAGAUAUGACUCUCGAAGCAAAAGGGGAAUCCGACGAGCUAGCACAGUACCUGCGAAGAGACUGUCUUGAAAUUUCAGGAGUGAAACCAAACGCAGAAUACAGUAGCGAAGCCAUCGUAGAACCGAAUUUCUCAUUUAAUGGAAAAGUUAAACAAUUCUUACUUCAAAAUCAAAAUAGUAAAUAA